UGCAGUACAGCAGUAGUGCACUUGAGGCUACACUAGGGGCGGAGUUUGACCUCUCAAGUCUCAAAACAUCACUAAUCCGCGUCGGACAUUCUGGCACAGGCCGUCGCCAGCCCCGCGUGUGCGAGGAAAAAGGGACGAAUCUCCACUGAAAUCGCGCCGGCUCCGGGUCUGCGUGGCGUCAAACGCAGACUCGGGCUGCCGAGGGACCGGGUAUGCGGCACUACGGCAGAUAGUGCGUUCCCCGCGCCGGGACAUAUCUGCAGCCCUCUCCAGCCGGUUUCGCGUGCAGGGAUUCGGCGAGGAGCCGUGGGAUUCGCGCGUUGACAGCUGGACCGCCCUGCGCCUUCAUUGGAGGCGAGCUUUCAAGGGUCCGCUCCCCUUCACGCGGCACAUGGCCGAGGCUGCCCUGUGGGUGAUCCUGACAAUGUUUUCAACUAACCGCUCUGGAGGUGCUUGGGGAUGAAAUGGAUGGAGCCCGUGGCCAGACCAACACACCAGCUCCCACCUCCCAGCAUGUCCAGCUGCAGCAAGUCUCCCCCCAGCUCUGGAGAAGUUGCAGGCUCUAACUCCAUGGCAUGGGUGAAGAUGUUCAAAAAACCCGCAGGAGGCCUGAAGAAGUCCUACCAGCCUGGGAGCAUGUUGUCUCUCGCGCUCACCAAAGGCCUGCUGAAUGAGCCUGGGCAGAACAGCUGCUUCCUAAACAGCGCUGUCCAGGUGCUUUGGCAGCUGGACAUAUUCAGGAGAAGUUUGAGGCAGCUCUCAGGUCACUUUUGUCUGGGUGAUGCCUGCAUUUUCUGUGCUUUAAAGAGUAUAUUCAGCCAGUUUCAGCAGAGUAGAGAGCAAGUGCUGCCCUCCGACAGCCUGCGAAACGCCCUAGCAGAAACUUUUAAGGAUGAGCAGCGAUUUCAGCUCGGCCUGAUGGAUGACGCUGCUGAAUGCUUUGAGAACAUCCUGGAGCGAAUUCACUUACACACAGUUUCAGACACUGCGACUGAUGCUUGUUCAUCCAAAUCCUGCAUCACCCAUCAGAAAUUUGCGAUGAUGCUUUAUGAGCAGUUUGUGUGUCGCUGUUGUGGUGCAUCUUCAGACCCACACCCAUUCACAGAAUUCGUGCAUUAUGUCUCAACCACUGCUUUAUGCCAACAGGUUGAUCGUAUGUUGGGGAGGAACGAGCGGCUCAGGUCAGACAUGUUUGGAGAAUUGCUGCAGGCAGCAAACAACACAGGUGACCUCCGAAGCUGCCCGAGUGACUGUGGUCAGAGUAUCAAGAUCCGCCGUGUGCUCAUGAACUGUCCAGAGAUCGUGACUAUAGGAUUUGUAUGGGAUGCUGAGCAAUCCGACCUGACGGACGAUGUCAUUCGGUCGGUUGGGCCGCGUUUGAACCUGUGUGGGCUUUUCAACCGUGUCACUGAUGAAAAUGCCAAACGGAGUGAGCUACAUCUGGUGGGGAUGAUCUGUUUUUCGAGUAAACAUUACUCAGCUUUUGCCUAUCACACCAAAUCUUCAAAAUGGAUGUUUUUUGAUGAUGCUACUGUAAAGGAGAUCGGAUCCAAAUGGAAAGAUGUUGCCUCUAAAUGUAUCAGGGGACAUUUCCAGCCACUUCUUUUAUUUUACGCCAAUCCUGAGGGAAGUCCAGUGUCCAAUGAAGAUGCGCCAAGACAAACCACAAUAUGUCCCCGGUACAAAGCCCAAGUAAAUGGCGACAUGACAGUGAAACAUCCCCUUGGCAGUCCUAACAAAUUCCAGGAACCUUUUCUGGAAAAUUUGCAGAGGCCAGGUGAAACAUCAAAAAAGGAUAGAGGGCAUCGGAGAACAGACCCAUCGCAACACAAAGGUAGCGCAGCAUCAUACAAGAUGGCACAUGCAAGAUCUUCAUCCCCUCCAGAGAAUGGACUGAGGCCUCCUGUGGACCAAAAAUUAAAAAGCCAUCAACGCACUGAGAAGUCAUCAAACCAUUCAAGCAGAGGAUCUCAGGAGCCACAUGGACAGUCCUUGGGUCCACAGGGUGGUGGGCAUAGCCGGAAAAACAACACCAGUCGCUAUGAUCAGGAUAGCUGCCAGGAGCAGUGUGAAAAAGGUGGAAGUGGAGGAAACCGCAAUAAAACUAAGUCCACAUGGAGGCCCAUCCGGGAGGUGUUAAAUGUGGACACGGUACUGAACGAACUGGAGCAGCGCCGUCAACAGCAACAUGACAGCCCGCGGCGCAGCAAGCCUUCAACCCACGAAAGGGUGCAUGCUGAACCAAGUCGAGACCGUGAGAGUGAAUAUGUACGAACCAGAGAAGAUCGAAAGCAGCAGUGUUUAAUGACGAUUUAUGAGGAUGAGCAGAGGCAUGAGACUGAGAGCCACAGCUCAGUAGAGUCAGAGAGCAGGGCCAACCAACAGAGGGGCAGCAGGCUUAAGGGUUGCCCCAAGACACUGCUGCGUAGUGACACCUGGACCAUACAGAGGACAGAGUCAGGCUAUGAGAGCAGUGAUAGACUCAGCAGUGGCUCCACCAAUCCCGACUCACCUGGGGUGGAUGGCUUUGCUGUUAAAGACCAGAGAUCACCACCAGAGGCACAGUUGCAAAGUCAGCUGCAUCAAAGGGGAGUCGAUGCAAAUUCAAGUAUAAUGUCCUCACCUUCACACAACGGUAAACAUCUACCCAAACCUCAGGGAAAGAACCAUGACCAAGUUUCACAUUCACAUCUAAAGUGCAGUCCAAGUUCAAGACGUAAAUCAAAGUACACUUCUAGCACCUCCAGGAAAGCAGUGUCUUCAGAGAGGGACUCCACCGGUUCCGAGAACAGGCAGAGUGAUCAGCAGGAGAUGACAAACUGUAGAGAAAGUACAGCCCUGAGGCACAUCACAAAAACCAGCAGCUCAGAAUGGAACAGCUCCGACGAUCUCGCUCUCUCGGAGCCCGAGGACAGAGGAAGCACUUACCGCUCCAGCAACAGCGAGGCCGUGACCUCUGAUUCCCAGUGUCCUCAUAUAACCCUGCCAUACCUCCCCCCCAGCAAUGUGAGCGCAGAACCUCUUCAACUGAACAAUCAGCGACAGCUCAGCGCGACAGGGUCGCCUCACCUGCGACCCACCCAGCGGAUCUCUACUCACCAGGGUGAAACAAGCCACGCUGUGUUUCGUCCGAGGAUGCUUCAAGAGCCCUUUCCAUCGAGUCCUCGUCUUUCGUCCGCAUCCUACGUUAGUCCUCACAGGAAGCCGGAGAUGUCAGGCCUCCGAACCUUCUCAGAUGCAAGCUCCAAGUCGGGCUCCGACCCAGAGAGGAGUACCCCAUCAUCAUGUGAAAGUGAGGAAAGACUAACUGGAUGCAGAGUGGAACAGGCAGUGCCACCUCAGGAGGUUUCUCUGACAACAUACUUCAAUGUGGACAACUGUAUGACAGAAACAUACCGUCUCAAGUACCACAACCAGAGGCCUCUUGUCCUCUCUGCCACGGUGCCGUGGACAAUGGUUGCGACUGAGCGCAGAGACACCAGCCACACACUCCCCACCGACACACACUCACAAGAUGUGCCAAAAGCCAGACCUGAAACAAGCCAUAAUAGCAAUAAGCCCACAGCAAAAUGGAACCCAGUGACAGCCAAAGGACUGGAUGAACGUGGUUUUUUAUGAAUGAUAUUUGGUGAGUUUUGUUUACAAGGAUGGACAGUAGUCAGUAGAAUACCAACUGGAUGCCAAAGAGUUUAGAGAAUGGAAAGAUGUUCUUAAGCCCGACAUUUCCAAACUGAGUCAAAUUUAUUUAUGCAAGCUUGUCACAUAAGUAAAACCAAUUUCUAAAUGCAGUUACGUAUUGUUUGACGGGUUAUCAACUAAUAUAUAUACUGUCUUCCAUUGUCCUGCAGUAUUGCUGCAAAAAGAUUUUGUGUUAACCAAAAUCUGGACUGUUUUCUGUUUGCACAAAGGGUCUUUCAAUCACCUUAUGUCAACUUUAAGAUGUUUAUUUUUUUAAUUGAACAGUAGUUCUGCAGAAGUGCUGCGGAAUUGAAGAUAUACCGAUAUAUGUAAAGCCAGGCAUGAGAGAUUAUGGAGAGCCAGCAUUAGGUUGAUUAUACUAUGAUUGUACAGUAAUUAUACAAAGAUGAAAGAAUGAAGUGUGAUAUAUCACAGCAUGACGACAUGGAGAAGUAUGUUAAAGAGACUUUAUCAGAGUAUGAUGUCAUUCUACACAACAAAAUAAAACCCACAGGCCGCAGCAGGUUUAAAGUAGUUCAUUUAAUCACGCCAAAGGAGAGUGAAUUAAAAAGAUUGGAAAUGUUUUUCAUUAAUGUCCGGGGCAGCUUACUGACUUUAUGCACACUGCACAGGGAACGGAUGUUGCAACAUUUUCUUACAUUCAGUCACUGAUUUGUUUGAACUGUUAUCAUUUAUCAGUUCUCUUACAACAUUUAUGUGUUAAUGAAUGGCAGAGGGCUGCUCCGUAACAGUCAGCCUCGAUGGCUGUAAAAAUCUGUUGAGAAAGAUUCUUGUUACUUCAUUGUUCCAAAUGAUACGUGAGUCAGCUGCAUUCGCAUGACUCCGUGCAGUUUCUGUCACUUACAGAGCCUAUCAUUUGUUGAGUAUGAUGUUCUGCAGUUGGGGCAGCCCUCAGGUUAUUCAGCAGGACACAAUAUACGAUUAUGUAACCUGUGUAUUCUACCUUCGAUUGUGCUGGUUCUUGUAAUCCCUUUUUUGUAAUUCACAGUGAUGUCAAAUUGUAUUUUUUCAGUCCUCCUCUUGAAGUAGAAAGAUUUAAACAGGUCUGUAUUUGCAGGUAUUUUCAUAAAAAUGCCAAUAUAGUUAAUAUGCCUAUCUGAUAUUAUUAUUGCCCAUACAACACAACACGCAAGUAUUCUUGUUAAUAAGAUUAAUGUUCUGAAACCUGCAUGUGGCCUUUACAAAGUCUUACUAGCUGUGUGUGCAGCAUAGGCAUGAGCAUGAAAAUACCAACAUAAAUUCUAUUGGUUUUUACUUCAUUGUAAAAAAUAAAUAAAUUAAAUAGAAUUUUGUAACUACAGUUGAUUUGAAACUUUGUAACACUUAAAAGAUGUUCUACUCUCUUGCUCAUGGAAGAGCACAUACUUUUGUUUAUGCACCCAUUGUAAAUAUAAACGUAUAACGUAAACAAUACGCUGGAAAUUAGCGACUGUUCAAGACAUACUAUGCAUUCACCAAAAGUUACUUUAAGAUUACUUUAAAAGCAGAUCUGAAUAUCAGUUUUCUUUUGUGUUCACUAAAUUGCCAAGUCUUUUCCUAAACAUCCUGCCAUCUAUACAUACAUUUAUACGUAGAUUUUGUCACUACACAACAAACGUUUGUCAAGGUGUUGCUCAACGACUGUCACUGAACAUAUCGAGUCACUACAUUUGCUGUUUGUGUGUUGUGUUUGAGCUGUCUGACGUCAAAGGAGGGUUUUUAGAGAUGUAAUGUAUGUGUGUGUGUGUGUGUGUGUGUGUGUGUGUGUGUGUGUGUGUGUGUGUGUGUGUGUGUAAUCUCACCUAAAUUUGUAAUGUCAACAUCUACUUGCAUUUUUCAUGGUUUAUUUACCAACACAUUUUAAAUUCAAGAAAAAGAAGGCGUACAAUGCAACUGAGCUAUUAAGAUUUUUUUUUUCAUUAUGUCUAAUCUUUCAAUUAUAUGCAGUGACACAUGCCUUUAAACAAGUUGAUUGUGCUGUAGUAAUUCUGUUUUUUUUUACAGUUAUUUUAAGGUAUCUAAUAUAUUAACUAGAUAAAUAACUCAAAAUUCCUACAUUAUUGGAUUAGAUGAAGCUGAGUUGAGUAUAUUAACCAGGUUAUUUUGAUGUUGUCUUACCUGCUAAGUGUUUUUGUCGUUUCUGAUGUGACUAGUUGCUAUAUCAUUUAUGUAGAGUAUUUUUCCUGUUAUUUGAUUAUGUCUUGUAUCUGUAAAUAAUAAUAAUAAUAAUAAUAUUAUAUUGUUUUUACACAAGUUUUAUUUUACAUUCUGAACUUUGUGUCUUUAGUUGUAUCCAGAGUGCCUUGACAUUUUCAGUGGGACAUGUUUUUUUUCUGUGAGUAAAACCACACUUAUGGAAUGAAGGAGAUGAAUGAAAGGGAUGGAGGAUGUCAUGCAAAACCUUUGAAUAUGCAAUGCUAAUAGUGACAUAUCUGAUGACACUCCUCUGUGUGCACCAUUGUACUGUAUUUGCGUGCGUGGGAUUGGUAGUGGGAUGGAUUUGUGCCAGGUCUAAUAUUACUAAAAGCCCUUUCUGACUUGGAAGCUGCAACCUCACCGGCGAGCGGCAAACUCAGCAGAUCGCUCGUCAUCCGGCUGCGUUUGGCGAGUGUGACAUGUUCAAAUGCCAUCAGCAGAAAGUGGGACAAUCAGCGCUUGUAAGUGGCAAGUGCAUCCCACCUCCUGGGUGGCAAAGCUUCGUGCUUCUAAGUUUGAAGGAGCCUUAAUGUAUAAAAACAAGAUUUUUUUCCCAGUGCUUAACUUGGAUUAUUGUAUGCAUUUAUGCGUCUGCUCGCUUGGAAAAGGAAGUUGAUAAUUGGUCCCCCUCUUGUACCCAAUGAUCCGUAGCCUUCAGUUAAAGGCUUGAUAUACUCUAGAGGCCCGCUCGGCAAAAGGUCUUUUUUGUCCUGUGUCAUAUAGCAUCACAGUUGGCAUUGCAUCAAUCCUUAUCUCUUAUAUUGUGCUAAAUAAUAUAUUGCAUCAACACUCAAUAACAAAAGAGAAAUUUCAACAUCAUGUGAAUGAUUUUAUCUGAUAACUUAAUGGCUGAUGUGGCCUAACGUGAAGGAUCUGUAUGCCUCGCUGAAUCCUAUCGUCACACCUCUGUGUGUGGUUAGGAUUCAGCCUGACAUUACUGCCGAAUUGAGUUGUCGGUGCUUCAGUGAAUGACUUCAUGACUUGCGUAAGUAUAGACCAAUUUAAAGAAACAUGUAAAAUCUGUCUACAUUUUCUAUUUUUGUAGAUAAUAUAUAUUUAUUUUUAUUCAUUGUUGAAUAAAGUUUA